CAAUGGCUCUCUGUUCCUCCUCCUUCUCUUUUAGAUGCCAAAGACCUCGAUCAGCUGAGCAGGAACGAAAUCACCCACAUCGUCUCCAUUCACGAGUCCCCACAGCCCUUCAUUCCGGGAAUCACUUACCUUCGGAUUGUCCUGCCAGACACACCUGAGGCCAACAUCAAGCAGCAUUUUAAGAAAUGCAUCAAUUUCAUUCAUUCCUGUCGGCUGCAAGGAGGAACCUGCCUCGUUCAUUGCCUAGCUGGGAUCUCCCGCAGCACCACCAUCGUCCUGGCUUACCUCAUGGCGGUGACGCAGCUGGGCUGGCUCGAGGCCCUCGAAGCGGUCAAGGCCGUGCGGCCAGUGGCCAACCCCAACCUUGGUUUCCGUCGGCAGUUGGAGGAGUUCGGACAUAGCCGGUCAGUGCAGAAGAUCCGCCGGAAGCUUCAGCCUCCACCCCGAGGAACCCUCUUCAACGACCGUGAAGCUCUCCGAGGUCUUCUGCCAUCUGGCCGAAAGCUGGAGCCCCGCAGCCCCGAGCGGCCUUGGCCGGCCCCGGGGCCCAAGAGCACCGGCCGCGGGGUCAAACACAUGGAUUCUUUUCUGAUACGGGUGAAGGACACUUUUUCCUGUUUGCCCAGCUGUCUUAAAUGAAACUUUCCAAAGUUUUUUUGGGAAAAUGCAAAGAGAUUCCCGCGAUGGGGAAGGAAAAGCAGGACCAGACAAGAGGGAUCUCGUCCGUUAUCAUCCCUAAGGGGAAACAGAAAUAGGACCAGGCAAAGCUGGAGAUGAGGAACUGGAAAACGUUGGCAGUGCCAGGCAAAGCUGGCAUAUUUUCUACUGCUCCGAUCACCUAUCGCAACCAAGAGGCCGUUAUACACUCCCAAAUUCCCAUCGGAAGGAUUUUCAACUCAAAGCACCCCAAAAAUGGUGAAAGGGGUUUCCAGGAUGUACUAUUUUUAUUUUAUUCGAAAAACGUUAAAAUACAAAACUCCAAAAUUUAAAAAAAAAACCAAAGGAAAAAAAAAAACUGCUAUAAAACAUUUAAAAAGUGCAUUAAAGAGACAAAGAAAACCAAAACAUACUGUAUAUACUGUACAUUCAAUUCAAUUCAGUUUAUUACAGUCAGAGACCAGAGACCAGAACAAAUAAAAAUAAACAUUUUUAUUAAAUAUUA